AUGGGCGGGGUGUUGCCCCGGGUUUGCCAUGCGGCAUCGCUUCUCGUGACACGAGGCGUUUUGGGGCAGACUGCCGCACUCAAUUCCGUGCAGCAGCAUGCCCAGCUGUUGCCCUGCGCAAGCAACUUCCAGCAGUGCAUCACUGCCUGCGGCGUUGCCGAGUUCCAGGCGCUCUACGAGUGGCUGUUGGCGAGCCCACAGCAAGCAGAGGAUGUUGACGUGAUUGCAGCUGGCCAGGCAGCUGACCCGAGAACUUCGGAACAAAGGACCCCCUUGGAGUUGUCGACGUUCCAGUUGCUGCGAGAUGUAGGACUCUCCGUGCUCGGAUCGACUUUGGACUAUCUGACCUUGUGCCAGCAUUCAGAUGCACGGUGCGGAGAGGUCGUGGAACAGUUCAGGUCGGUCCAGGCGAUGGGGCAGGUACUCGACGAGCGCAUGCGGUCUCUUGCAAAGGAAUACUUGCCCGAGACCGGGGUGCGAUCGCCACUUCUUCGGGUCGGGCAUAGUGUGCGAUCAGACUUGCAGGCUUUCUUGCGGCAGUUGCCAGGCCUUUCCGCGGGCCUCGCAGCUACGGAGCUUGGCGCAAGGCUGGCACAGACUGUGGGUCAGCGAGCACGCAUGCUGUCUUGGCAUCUCGGAAUGCACGCAUGGGUUCGCGGACUCCGUGUUCCAGGCCGCGGCGCACCUGUCCUCAUCUUACACGAAGAGUACAUGUCCUUUCAGGACAUGAUUUCUGCCGUGGUAGGCACCAUGGUGCGCAAUGGCCAGAGCCAGAUGGCGCUCGUGGAAGUCGGUGUGCCUCUGGAGGACUGGUACGCACUUGCCGCUGUCAGAGACUUUCCGGGUGUGCAAUAUGCUGGGAUCAUGGCUGAGCCUGACCAGCCUUCUGAGAUCGAAGGGCGAGCUUUCAUCUUCGAGCAGCGACGAGCCGAGCUCCAGACAUCGUUGGGGGACCGUGGUGUGCUCUACCUCGCAUCCUUACAGAGGGCAGCAGAUGCCUUCCCGUCAAGGUCCAUGGACAUGGCCCUGGUUGAUUUCCGUGGGCGCUCUGCGGACGAUGCGCAGGAGCAAAUGACUCUCUGGGAGUCCAAAGUGAAGCCCGGUGGAGUCCUGCUGGGCGUUGGCUUUUGGCCUGCGUCCCCAGAGAUUAUUCUUACUUCGGAAACAGCGAGCUUGCUACCUGACUUCCACUUCCAGAGCGAGGAGGAGGAUCACCAUUCCUUGGGUCUGGCCCUGGGCUCCAGCUACCGGGCAGCGGUGCGGGCAAGACUUGCAUCUCACGAAGUUGCUAUCGACCAGCUUCUGAACAGUAGCAGGUGUCAACAGCUUUUUCAGGAGCUGCUAGCCAACCACGAGAAGCAUGUGCCAGAGCUUGUCGAGGAGCUGCGGGGCAUUGCAUCUGGUGCCAAUGUGUCCAACGAGCGGCUUUUUGCCAUGAGCCUCCAGGAGGAGUUGGCAUAUUGUCAAGAGACUUUGACGGCCACACCCCGAAUAGUCGACCACUGCACCGAUUCUAUGCUUUGCAACUCGCAGUACUGUUUUGAUGCGCACAACGAGGACGGUGAUUUGGCUGACAAGUGGCUAUUUGCUGCUUUCGUCCAGUUCGGGAAGAGCAAUUUCACUGUUCUAAAUUAUGCCGGUGAUCUACUUGGGGGAAUGUCGGCCUUCGCCUUCAACAAGCAGGGCAUUGCAUUCUCGCUGAAUUGGGUGGGUCCGGGAGACUGCGAUCCUGCUGGUCUCGGUCGCAACUUCAUUAGCAGGCAGCUGCUGACAGCGGGAGGUUGGGACGAGGCCCAGCGCAUCAUAUCCCAGCGACAUGCAGCAGGCCACAACUACCAACUCAUGGAUUUCAAGAGUCGUCGAAUCGCGAAUUUCGAGGUUGCUCACGACCAGGUGUCUGAAGUGGCCAUCGGAAACGCCUUCUUCCAUGUCAACCAGUAUCAGACGCUGAGUGUCCCCGAUCAGAUGGUCGGGAACAGCUCCUUGCAUCGCUUGGCGCGGCUUCGCAUGCUGCCAGAGCCGCAGACGCCACAG